GCUGUGCGGCCUUGGGUCUCCCCGCCCCACAGGCCUGCGCCUGCGCGAAGGUCAGGGCGGCGAGUCGCACCUGAUGGUGGGAGGUAGUAGGUCUCGCUUCGCUUCCGCAGGUGGGCGAGUUAGAUAGCCACUCAAGAAAACACCAUGAAAGAUACUGAUAUCAAGAGACUACUGUAUACCCAUCUUUUAUGCAUAUUUUCAAUUAUCCUAAGCAUCUUCAUUCCAUCAUUGUUCUUGGAGAACUUCUCAAUAUUGGAAACACACUUGACAUGGUUGUGCAUCUGUUCUGUUUGUGUAACUGCUGUCAAUCUAGUAUUAUAUUUAGUGGUGAAACCAAAUGCAUCCUCUAGAAGAAGUUCAUUAUCAUACAAGGUAACCAGAUUUUUGAAAUGCUGUAUCUAUUUUCUUAUGUCUUGUUUCUCCUUUCAUAUAAUUUUUGUUCUCUAUGGAGCACCACUAAUAGAGUUGGUGUUGGAAACAUUUUUAUUUGCAGUUACUUUGUCUACUUUUACUACUGUACCUUGUUUGUGUUUGUUGGGACCAAAUAUUAAAGCAUGGCUAAGAGUUUUCAGUAGAAAUGGAGUUACAUCUGUUUGGGAGAAUAGUCUCCAGAUCACUACCAUUUCUAGUUUUGUAGGAACAUGGCUUGGAGCCUUUCCUAUUCCACUCGAUUGGGAAAGACCAUGGCAGGUCUGGCCCAUCUCCUGUACGCUUGGAGCGACCUUCGGCUACGUGGCUGGCCUUGUUAUCUCACCACUCUGGAUAUACUGGAAUAGAAAGCAACUUACGUACAAGAACAAUUAAUUGGAGCAGAGGGAGAAGAUACUUCUUUGUGCAGAUUCCAUAAAGACUGUGCAGAAAGCCAGGCAGUUCCAUUUACAGCACUGUUUUUUAUAUAGUUACAACAUGAUGUGAUUGUAGCUUUUUAAACUAUGAAACCCCUGAGAGAUUGUACCUUCUAGUGGAAAUAAAGUAUUUAUAUUAGA